UACGCCUAACGGCGACGCCGGAGCCCGGCGGCGUGGAACGCCGACGGCGUGGAACCGGCCUCCCGAAGUAACAUGACGGCCCCCGCGUCUUUCCUGAGGGGUUACGACCCCGAAGGCAUGGCCUGGACAACAAUUUCAACAUGUCAAGACGAAAAUUCCACUGUUCCGCAUUUUCGGCACCAAUCCCUGAAUGAAGCGGUCGCGCGUCGCGCGUUCGCUCAAGCCAAGACAGCGGCGCCCAACGCCAUCCCGGCCUCCGGCACACCGGCCGGCAAGACGCAGCCUCCUGCAUCGCGCGCUGCGGGAAGCAAAGGCAAGGCUAUUACCAACUGGAAGCCUCGCCCAUUUCCAAGACCGGGCCCGGACGACUUCGUGGUCGUGCUCAAGCCACGCGAACAUAUCUCGCUGCACCAAGCCUUUUCGGAGAACCGCUACGGAGCCGCCUUUACGGCCUACCUCGGGCCUGAGCUGGCAAAGUGUGUCACGGUUCUGCCGUCCCGUGACCAAAACAUCGUAUUGAUCCACACCCCGAACCCGGCGGCGGCAGAUCGGCUCCUCGGGGAGUUUUCUGUCAAUACCGAGCAUGGGGCGAUUCCACUCCACGGAUACCUUCGACAAGACGGAGGCGAUGUGUGCCACGGCGUCAUCGUCGUCAGCAACUCGGACACCACUGAAUCACUUCGAGAGCAGGUGCAAUGGAGAGAAGGCACCAUCGUCGAGGUGAGGAAAUUCGGCUCCUCUAACAAAGCUCGGGUCACCUUUGCCGGGAAGGUGAAACCGCGUUUCGUGCACUAUGAGAACAUGCUCAUCCCAGUGCGAAAAUACUACCGGACAAUUCCAGCCUGCGGCCUGUGUGGGGUCGUUGGCCACCGAGCGGAUGCCUGUCCCAACACGCAGCCCAACACGUGCGGCCUCUGCGGUCAACAAGCCCCGCUUGUGGAGGGGGUGCGGGCCCCUCACGAAUGUGUUCCGCGAUGCUCGGUAUGUGGCGGUGGACACGCAACAAACUCGCGGGAAUGUGCGGCAAAAUUCCGCACACACAAGAUGCUCGCCCCGAAGGGCGGGGCAAAAAAGAAGUCGGCAGCCAAGAAGAAGGGCCGCCAUCUUGGCUCCCCCGGUGAGUCACCGAGCAGGGACGACAGCAACACCGAGAAGCCGGCGUCAUCAGCAGAAGUCGGCAAGCGACCACCGACGCAGCCACCACACGGCGGCACAGGAAAACUGUCGACGACGCCACCACGCGGGGAGGCCAGGGCCUGGGCCAACGCUGGAAAACAUGGAACGCAGCUUAAAAACGUAACUUUCGCAGCCCUCUUCAGUCGCGCCCUGAAGGCUGCGGGCAGGGACCCCCUGGUGAUUGUGGGUGAUUUCAACGCUCACAGCACACUCUGGGGGUACGUGCGUGAAUAG